AUGAGUGAGGGUAGUGCUGGUCAGAUCCCGUCGCAAAAUGGGAACCAGCAGCCUCCAACGAACGUUCAGCAGCAGUUUCGACCGCCGCAGUUAGUGAAUGUGCCCCCUCCCAGUGCGAGUUUUCCUCCGCCCGGACAGAUGAACCCGUACUUACUGUGGUUCCAGCAGCAGCAGCAAAGUUAUGUUGCAGAGCUUUUCCGGCAGCAGCAGGAGAUGAUGCAGCAGCAGCAAUCGUUCAUGGCCCGGCAGGAACAGUUGAUACGGAGCAUCCUGACGUCGAUCCAGGUGCAGGUUCCGUCGAAUCCGGAGGCGAUAUUGGACUCGCUCGCCAGCAAUAUAAAGGAGUUCCGAUACGAUCCGGAAAACAAUGUGACGUUUGCUGUUUGGUACAGUCGGUACGAAGAUCUUUUUGAGAAUAAUGCCAGCCGGCUGGACGGGGAAGCGAAAGUGCGUUUGCUGAUGCGGAAGCUGGGGAUGUCGGAACACGAAAGGUACGUCAGUUUCAUUCUACCGAAAGCGCCGAAGGAGUUCGACUUUCCGACGACGGUGAAGAAAUUGAGUGCUUUGUUUGGUGCAGCCGAGUCCGUCAUCAGUCGGAGAUAUCGUUGCCUGCAGAUUUCGAAGCAGCCGCAGGAGGACUACGUGUCUUAUGCGUGCCGCAUCAACAAAUCAUGUGUGGAGUUCGAGUUGUCCAAGCUUUCGGAGGAGCAGUUCAAGUGCCUCAUGUUUAUGUGUGGACUGAAGUCGGACAAGGAUGCGGAACUGUCCGAAGAGUGUCAACGAUUGUUAAAUUUGCGACACGAUACGGCGAUGAUCGAGGAGCACUCGACCGCCGUGAAUGACCUGAGGACGAACAAGCAGCGAUUCAAGAGUGGAUCACCGUCAAAAUUCCAUCUGUCCGGUGGAGAGAAAAGUGGUUCCGGAUCAAGUAGCGGCAAGGCAAUUCCGAAAAUAGCGUGCUGGCUCUGCGGAGGAAUGCACUAUGCCAGGGAAUGCAGCUACAAGAGCAGCAAGAGUGCAGCGAAGCUCAAGCCCCAGCGAUGGAAGCAAAACGUCGCAUCGACGAAAGUAGUGACCGUCAACUCAUACAGUAUGCAGCAGCGUCGGAAGUACGUGCCGGUCGGGAUCAACGGAUCGCCAGUGCGUCUACAAAUCGACACCGGUACCGACAUCACCAUCAUUUCUUCGGAAUCGUGGCGCAGUACUCCAGCCAGUGUGAGCAAGCUACAGGCCGAGUUCCCGCGAGUGUUCGCUGGUAGUCUCGGGCUCUGCAAGAAAGCGAAGGUGCAGUGCCAGCUGAAGACCGGAGUGACCCCUGUGUUUCGGCCGAAGCGUCCGGUUGCGUACGCGAUGUACCAGGCAGUCGACAACAAGCUGGACCGAUUGGAACGUACGAAGAUCAUCACACCGGUAGAUUUUUCGGAGUGGGCAGCUCCGAUUGUGAUGGUUCGCAAGGCGAAUGGGAAGAUCCGAAUCUGCGGAGACUAUUCGACGGGACUGAAUGAAGCGCUGCAACCUCAUCAGUAUCCGUUACCUCUGCCGCAGGAUAUCUUCGCCAAUCUGGCAAACUGCAUGGUCUUCAGUCAGAUUGACCUGACGGAUGCGUUUCUGCAAGUGGAGGUGGACGAAGGCUCUCGUAACCUCCUGACGAUCAACACGCAUCGUGGACUGUACCGCUACAACCGUCUUCCGCCGGGAGUGAAAGCUGCGCCCGGAGCAUUUCAACAGCUGAUCGACACGAUGCUAGUCGGAUUGAAAGGAGUGAGCGGCUACCUGGACGACAUUGUUGUUGGCGGCGUCGACGAAGAAGAUCACAACAGGAAUCUUCGUGCGGUGCUGCAGCGGAUCCAGGAGUUCGGAUUCACCAUCCGAGCGGAAAAAUGUAGCUUCGGGAAGAGCCAAAUCCGCUAG